CAAGGCUUUUACUUUGAAGAGCCGAUGCGCUUUCGUGGCAGAAAUGGAAAUACAAUUGGACGGCUGUGGCUAGCUUCACUGCGUUAAAAACAGGCUGGAUUGCGAUAUCUGGAUUACUGCUUAGGGGGUUUGACUCUAUUAGGUUUAUUUCAAAAUAAGAAACUACUGGGUUUGAGGUGCAGAGAUUUCCUCGGAUAUGAAUCGCUCUGGUGACCAUGAUAACAGAAGAUAGCUAGCUUAGAUGGUUAGCAGAUCUACUAGCUUAGCCUGGGGGCUGCUCUCAUAUUAUAAAUCAUUGUGCUGGGAGUAUUCCUAUAUGUACCCGGAUAUCUCCCUGGCAUUGCUAUUGUCUGGCUUUGCUAAAUCAGUGUUCUCCCGACCUCUCCACGUUCCGUGAUGCCACGUCCCUGCUGUGUGGUGCGGCUGCAUGUUGACAUCGUAUGAAGACUGGGAGGAUGACAAGUGUACGGAAGGAGGACAGCGAGUGAAACCACAAGGAGCACAGUAGCCGAUGAGGCUAGACCUAUAUCCCUGACUGUCGUCAACACGUUUGCAGCAUUUCAUCGGCAUGUCCUUUCGAGAGGUUAGGAUAGCAGGGAGACGAGGAUAUUUGCGUCGUGCUCGCUAGGGUUGCAAUCACAAGCUUAUAAAAAGUACUUUUUUACUGAAAUGAUUGGGUUUGGUGCAAACCGACGGGGAGGCCGCCUCCCGUCUCUCUUCCUCAUUGCCCUGAUGGUGAUCAUCGCCAUACUUUCUUUCAACUACUGGACUGUGACCAGCAAGCACGUCCGCCUGCUGGAUGAAGUGGCGGAGGUCCAGGCGCAGGUGAAGCGCACCGACGCGGCGCGGAUCCGCCUGGAGAAGCGCAAUACGGAGCUGAUGGCGCAAGUGGACACGCACAAGAAGCAGAUCGACCAGAAGGAGGGAGACAAUAAUGUUCUGGGGAGCAAGAUCCAGGCCCGAGAGACUCUCAUCAAGAAGUGCACGGAUGACAAGAUGAAGCUGCACCAGGAUUUUACGAGUCAAAUAACAGAGAUCACGCGCUUGAAAGAGCAGCUGAAGGAGAUCAACCAGGAGUUCAUGCAGCAGGAGGAGCAGAUGAGGGAGGUGAGAAAGAACCGCACCACGCUGGAGCGGCGGCUGGAGUACGAGAGUUUGCAGUGCGGCCGUCAGAUCAAGCAGCUGACGGAGGAGUUUGAGGAAAGCAGGAAGACUCUGGCGCUGGAAGUCGCCAAGCUGAGACGGAGCGGACUGGACAGCAAUAAGCUUGGUGUGCAGGCUCAGCCUCAGGCUGGGGCGGAGGUGGAGGCAGAGCGCCACACGGUGGCUGAUCUCGUACAGGGCAACGUCAUUCUCAAAGAUGAGAUGGGCAAGCCAGGCAGCGACGCAGGCAUGCCUGGGAUAGAGGACAGCGAGGUGGGGAAGAUAGAGGAGCUGCAGUUUGGAGUAAAAAAAGCGCAGAUUGCUCCGAAGCAGAAGGAGGCUCCCAAAGAGGUCCCUGCAGCUGUGGCGGCGGUCCCAGCCAAGGGCUUCAGAGAGCAGGCCCUGGACCAGCCCCUCCUGCAGCAGGACAGAGUGGGGCUGGGAGGGGGAGCGGGAGGCGGAGGGGAGGAGGAGGAAGAGGAGGAGGAAGAGGAGGUGCAGGUGCAGCAGCAGCAGCAGCAGCAGGCGGCGGUGGCAGCCGUGGUGGUGCCCCCUGGUCACAUUAAGCAGCCGGUACCCCAGGCGGUGGUGGACAAGCCUGUUCUGUUCGACGAGGACAACAAGGCGGCCAUGCGGGCCGACGAGUUUGGAGAACAGAACAGACAGCUCCAAGCUCCAGUAAACGUGAAGGCCGAGAGUGUACAGAUGAAGGCCCUCCCGGUGCCCCCAAACCCGGCACAGGUGCCCAAGCCCUUGGAGCCCCACAGAGUCAAAGACCAGGUCCCGGUGCAGCUGCCUCCCCACCACCAGAGCCGCUUCUUUGACGAGAACGAGUCCCCCGUAGAUCCCCAGCGCGGCUCUAAGCUGGCGGACUACAAUGGGGACGACGGUAACGUGGGUGAGUACGAGGCCGACAAGCAGGCCGAGCUGGCUUACAAUGAGGAGGAGGAUGGUGAUGGUGGGGAGGAAGACGUCCAAGAUGACGAGGAUCGGGACAUGCAGGGAGGCCGAGCCGGGGAGUAUGGGAAACGGCGUCAGGCUGCUGACAUCCUCUAGAACCAGGACUCAGUGUUGUCAUUCCUCUGAUUAACAACAAGGUCCUACCGCGACCGUCCGCCACACGACAAACCCACACUCGCUGGCAGCAGUAGCCCUGGACUUCACUGUGCCCAAGAACUUGUGCUGUGUGGUUUAUGUUCAUGAACUAUGAUGGACGGCACGACAUAAUGAAGGAGUUUGUUGAGACGUACCGAUUAUUAAAAAAUGGCUUGUGAUGGCAAUGCCUUGUCAGCUGGAUAGAAUGUUUUUGUUUUUUGUUAGUUCUGAUGCCCAAAAGAUUGUACAAGGAAGAUUCAUGUUGUUUGUUUUUUUUGUUAUAAGAAUAAUAAUGAAGAACUUAUUGGUAACCCUAUUGGCGCCAACCUCCGCGUCGUCCUAUCUUUCUCUACUUUCCUGGGGGCGACCGAUGGAUCGGUUCGAGCCCAACGUCACAGCAACAGCUCGGACGAUGUUGAGGGCUCUUUCAGCAUCAUAAUGAUGGGAGCAUACAUAAUGCACUGCCAAGGAGUUUGCUUGUGGCUCAAGUUUUUCUUUCUUUCUUUCUCGACUUCCCAGACACGAAAAAGGAACUACUCAAUCUGUUUUUAUAGAAUGCUAUUGCAUGAUUUAGAAAUGUUUUGUUGAUUGUCAAAAUGAGCAAAAUAUUAAGGCUUUAGCAAUACUUGACCAACAUUAGUAUCCUCCUGUGACGUGCGAAACAAGAGCACAUAAGGACCUAACUGACUGACAUCUGUGUUCAUUAGGUACCUUGUACAUAUGUAGUGGAACUGUUGCCAUUUGUAUUGUAGAUGUAUUUCUUUAUAUUCUGGGACUUUGGACAUAAAUUUGUUUGUGUAGCCAUUAAAAUUAUUUCUCAUGGGAAGGCAUAUUGAAUGUAAUUGCAUUUGUUUAAAGGUGUUUAUUCAUGUCAUCUAUCACUAGUAUUUAUAUAGGCCUAUAUAUGUUCUGUCUAGCAUCGCCUAUAUGAACCUAUAAACCUGCACUUACAUUGUGUAGAUUAAAUAUG